GCGUGAUCGGAUCGUCUGUAUAGUCGGACAGGUACAGUCCCGUCCGCCCGGCCGCCCCCUCACCUUCGCGUUCGCUCGGUCCGGCUCGCCGCGGCGCUUCGUGUCGCUUCGUCGAACGGCCGCCCCCGCCUUCAUCGCGCUCACUCCGCUCGUCCGUCCGGUAAAUAGAGCGGGCCAGGCUACUUCGUGCUGUAACUGCGAUUUAAUCGUCGAUCGAAGAGGCUGUGCGGGUGUCCCUCCCAGCGUCUCGCGAGUGCAUCGCGCGACCGAGCGUCCCGACGAGCUCCGCCGUCGCUGCCGUCGUCGGAAACAGCCACGGGGCAACGAUGAGGAACUGGGUUACGACGACGCCGCGCGAGCCACGACGUCCUGCGUCGAGGAUACCGCAUUCGAUCUCCAGGACCGCUCGUUAGACCGCGCUCGGCACACAGCCGUGAAGAGGCCGUAUCCCGCGAUCGCGUCGGUGCUGCUCGCCAAUCUGGGGUGACCGCGUGUGCAUCGGAAUCCUGUCGUACACAUUGUCCUGACCGAGGAUUUUCUACGGGAACUUCUCACCAGUGCAUCGGAUGUGUGAGAAAGUGCAGCCGCAGUGGUACAGCGGAUCGUAGAGGUUAGGCUAGGCCGACACCCACCGAGCGAGUCGAUCAGCUGUUCCGCGGCGCCGACAUCAUCGUCGUUUCGGCAGGUAGUCCCGAUGCUACUCCGUCAAGAGGAGAACACUGUGGACAUCCUGGCCGCGAGUAUUCCUUGGCGCGAACGUGAAAUCAGGAUCAAUAGAAUCAGAUUUCAAUAGAAUAGACAGAGAGAAAACUUCCAGCCCUUGACGCGUGGUCAACGAAAACGAAGUGCACAAAAGCGAAAUACCUUUUCCGACGGCAGCGGCAACCGUGGAAACGCUCAGAAAAAUGUUCCGCGGGUUGAUUACGCGAUCACUCGCUAAUCACGGAUGCUUCCCAAUUUACUACUUUUUAUGGAGUUCGAUCUGCUUUCGCGCGCCUCGUGGCUGUAAAAACUUGUGCAACCUUGCUCGAGCCUCGAUGCAACAUUAACGACCGGCUACUCUAUCCGCCGACGUGUGGUAGCGGCGAGUGGAAAUUCACUAUUUCAAGCGGGUAGAAAUCCGACGUUGCGCAGGGAGACGCGAGAGAGGAAAUGUCGACCGGGCAUGGCAAGCUCGAUGUGUGUACAUAUUUAUGUGUAUGUGUAUACAUGCACAUUGCAAAAUGCAUGCUGCCUCAAGAGGACGAUACUACCUCCGAAUUGAUACACAUACGUGGAGCCGCGGCUUCGACGGCUGCAUAAAACGCGCCUGCCGGUUCGCCGGAGAACGUCUGGAACGGAACCGAGAGGCGGCUGGCUAGAGCGGAGUAGAGUGAAGGCAAGAGGGACGAUGUUGUCGUACAUGCUACCAACGGAAGACAAGCCACCGCCCGGAGAGCCCAGUCAGAACAAUUAUCGCGUCGCCAAGCUGCAGAAAAGCAACACCGUGACCAGCGCCUCACCCAGAAAGUGCGCGGACGCGACUAGAGCGAUGAUCGUCUCCACCAGGAUCGAGGAUCACGCGGGCGGCGACCCGCGGCACGCACCGCCGCCUCACACGGCAGGACCGCAGCGGGACUCUCGGCCGAUCGAGAGCCCGAAGCACAACGGCACCGCUGCGAGGAAGUCGACCCUACACAACGCUAGGGUCACCAAGGACGACAGCCUCUAUAGCAUCGACAGCGAUGCAAGCACCGCCGGCAGCGAGCGCAAAAAUAAGAUCCUAAACGGCGCGAAGCAUGCCAGCCUGAAGAGGGUAUCCUUCGGCUCUAGCAAAGGGUCGAUGGUAGAAACCCUCGUGUACGAAACUCCGGUACAAGAGGAACCCGAGAUCAAUCAUUUCCUGGACCACAACGGCCGCCUACCUCCUCCUAUGAUACCCGUGCCUGAUACUGACGAAGGUAGAGAAAAAGUACGCGUCUCGUUGUUAGGUCCGCAGCCGUCGCCGGCGACGCCCGGAGUCCUUUUGCUGGAACCCAUCACGCAUUCGUCGGGACAUCCGAUAGACAUGGCCAACAAUCCUGCGGAACUUCUCACCACACACACCGAGCAUACUACACCCUCCUAUCAUGCGCAGAUAAGCACGGACAGCGGCUGGGACAACCCGUUCAGGCCGGACGGCGACCUCUCCAGAGAAGCUGAUGAGAUCGUGGAGCUGAUAAAGGGCGGGAAGCCGAUCACGCCGACCCCGGGUCAAAACGCGCCGCCGUUACCAGGAUGCGAGGCCAGCAGCAAAACGGCCGGCGGCGAGCACGAUCCUUCGAGUACCAGCCCGCUCCUCAAGUCCGCGAAUUGCCAUGCCAACUCGUCGCCGAGGCCCGGCCAGGAAAACGGCAACGCUCACAGCACCCCUGCGAAGGCUAAUGCCAGCAAUCAGCCCGUCAAUGAAAAGGUCGGCGCGGCAAGGACCGCGACCGUGGAGGUCGCGAGGAUGACAGCGCAGGGCCCGGGUGACGCGUCGCAGGUCGAGCACGUCACCUUGAAGAAGAAGCCUAAGUGCAAGUGCUGCGUGUUGCAGUAAUGACCGCGCGGCGGAGGCGGCGGGGACGUGCGCGAGACGGGACCCUUCUCUGCCCUGUCGGGAGCGUGACUUCAGGAAUGACAUGGCGCGACUUCUUCGGAGAAAGCCUCGAGAACUGACCCGAAGAGUCGCCGCUGGGCAGCUCGAAGCGUCGCGGAGUGCGGGUCGAGACGUCAAAGCAGACGAAGCAACAGGACUCUCGGGCGACAGAAUUGUCUCGAAGAGGAUGCUGAUGAACGUUCCGGGCACGAGGAAAGUGACGACGGCGGCAUUGGAUCGCUUGGAACCUGAAGAAUGAAUCCGGGAGAUGACUUUUCGAAGAGGGGAAAACGUCUUCAUUCUCUCGCUUCGAGAUCAUAUCUAGGAAAGGACCUGGAAAGUGACGUCAGAAAUGAAGAGAGCUUUCAGCCAUGAAGAGAUGCCGUCGGGUCUCCGAAAAACACGAGCUUAUUCUUGAGACUUCAGAAAAAAGACAGUUCAUGUCUUCUAAUCGUGAAGAAGUCUCAUCAUGAAUGAGCUAGGCGAGAUAUUUCGGGAAAAACGAGAAGGCUAUUUCUGAACGCGAGGCAUCAGCAAUACGUUGACGAGAGAAGUGCAAAGCGAGAAAUGACACGAGCGAAGAAUGAUCUCUGGUGGGAGGUUGCUGACCUUCUUGCCGAGGAAGAUUGCACUCUCAGCAGGAUACCCUCCGGCUUCCAGGCGAGGGACAGGAUUUCGGGGUCCACGUGAUGAAACACGUGGGGUACGUCAGUGCGCGAACGGACAUUGAACCGCGUCUCGAGAUUGUGACGCGUUUGUGGAACGCGGAAGGAAGAGAGAGACCAGGAAAAAAAGCGAAGAGAGAGAGAAACAGAGAAAUAUAUAUAUAUUAUAUAUAUAUAUUAUACAUAAAAAAACUACAUUGUAGAUACAGAAUGGUAGCUGUAUAGCUUAUAUGCUUUUA